AGCAAAGCACAAGGAACAAGUGCUAAGAACAAAAACCCCCACCUAUUAUCUCGUGGUGGGUAUAGGAAGCUUGAGGAGAAAAUCCUCAAGCAAAAGGCAGAUGCUAUACCACCAUCUCAGAGUGGUAGCCCUCCUCAGCCUCCUUCUCCACCGUCUAGACAUGAGAAAUGGAAGUUGGCCCGUAUGCGACCAUCGGGCACCUACUCUUCCGACACUGCACGAGAGAUUUCUGAAAAAAUUGACGCCUUGGUUGAGCAGAGCUCCCAAGGCCAAUUCACUCCAGAGGGUCGCCAGGAUAUUCUUGCUGCUGCAAUUGGACGACCUGAGCACCCUGGACGUGUACGUGCUGCAGGUCCUGGAGUAGGCAUUACGGAUUAUUUUGGGAGCUCUUCUCGUCAGCCUUCAUAUUCGUACAGCGAUACACAAAGGAUGACAGAAGAGAUCACAAAAAAGGUCCGACAUGACCUUAUGCAGGAGAUCAGGGCCGAGGUGAGGGCUGAAUUCCAGAUGCUCUACCAGGAGCAGUUUCAGAGCAUGCGCCCGAUGCAGUCUCCUAUAGAGGAACAUGUGGUCCCUCCCCCUCCCACAGGGAGAAGCGGCAAAGGAAGUUGUUCCGCAUCAGCCAUCCCAGAGGAUGACAUGGACGAUGGUAGUCCAUGUCUGCUAUACAUUUUAGAAGAAGAUGAGAUGGUGCUGGUAGCUCGUGGAACAGAGUUUAGGUCAGCGACUGUAUGUCAUGGUAUGCAACUAUUAGAGGAUGAGGUGAAGGUAUCAGUGGAUGAAAUGAUCAUGCCAGAUGCCUCGGUUCCACUGUCCACGGAAGAGAUUUUCACUGUGGAACAAGCAUAUAAGUCGUUUAUCACUUGGCCUAAAUUUUUGGUUAAACCAGUUUCUGACCCCUCGACGCAGGAACAACAGAAGAUUCCUCUAUCUGAGGAUGACCCUCUUUCUUCAUUGCAUCUACUUGCUGACAUCCUUGAUGAUAAGCCUUUGGAGGUUCAGUAUGAUGCUAAUGUAUUUGGGCAUGGCUCUGAGGUCCCAAUAUACCUUAAUAGCCAAGAUGUCCGUGAGCUUGCGUCGGGAACACAAGAGUUGAAUAUUUCAAUUAUUCAACUAUGGACGAUGUAUAUGUCUGGGGUCACUAAUAAGUUGGGGCGUUCUGAUGAUUAUGGAUUCAUUGAUCCCCAAGACAUUCAUGAAUCAAAUGAUUUUGAUCAUAUCAACACGAGAAUGAUAAGCAGUUUUCGAAGGGGCAAGAAAAUAUACUUUUUGCCUUAUAUAUCCGGGCGCCAUUGGCAACUUCUUGUUAUGUCUGUGCAAGACAACUAUGCUUUGUGGUUCUGCUCAUUGCACAGGCCUCCUCCCACACAACUCAGACAAGCAAUUGAUUGUUCUAUUCCAGCAAGUAUGAUGAUGGACGGGAGGUCAAUUGUUAAGAGUAGAAAGAUUGCUUGGAUUUCUCUCAAGUGUAACAGACAAAAUGGGUCAUAUGAGUGUGGAUACUAUGUAAUGUAUUGGAUGACCCAUAUUGUUCGUUCUCACAUCACAAGAAGCUGGGAAACGAGAUUCAAGACUACUACACCAGUUCCUGAGAAGUCACUACUAUUCAUUAGGAACGCUGCUGCGAAGUAUAUAGUUAGAUUAUACAAUAGCUCUUAGAUUUAGAUUUAAACAAUGCAUUUGAUUAGAUAGAAUUUUCUUAGACUCUCUACUUUAUUUGAUGUUGAAAUA